CAAUUCACUCCAAAUCUCAUCAUCUCACGUUUCUUUAUCGAUGGAGGGUUCGUCUACAAGCCACAAACGCAAGAAAAAUGACGAGCAUACUAAGAAGAGCAAGAAAAGACAACAUGUGAGAGCCAACAAUGUAGAAAACAAGAUGGAAGAGAAGAGAAGUGGGAGUAAUGAAGAGAGUUUGGGAGUUUUUGAGUUCCCGUGGAUGAAGGAGAGUAUGAUCUCAACCUCACUUGAUUGGAGUCUACCGGAAUCUAUGUUUCCGGUCUUAGAUGAUGGUAAUGAGAUGUUUGAAGAGAUUAGUGAUGUGAGAUGGCCAGUGAAAAGGGUUAGUAAUUAUAGGUUGGAGUUUGAGGCUUUUGAAUGCAUUUGGACUUCUAUUUUGGAUUAGAUUGAAAUAUUUGUUAGCCAUGUACUUCAAAUUGCAUUGAGAGUCUAGGACCAAACAUUUUUCAUUUUUGUUUUUGUGUUGAUAAUAAUGUGUUUGUUGAGAUGUAAAAGAGAGUAGAAGGAACGGAGUAGUGUUUGGUUAUUUAGAUACGACGGAAAAGUAAGGGAUAGAGGAGCAACAUUUCUUUCUGCAAAGAAAAUAAAAUGAAUUUUGCAUUAGUAUACAUGUCGACGUUAACAUUUCCUUUACGAUUCAACUUCGUCACUCGCCAAGCUUUGUGGCCUCCCUCCAGGACAUGACAAAACUAAGCAAAAACGUUUCACUGAUGGCAUGCAUGAAGAUUCCAUGUUUGAUCAUCGACACACAACCACUGUUUGGAAUCAUAUAUUUUCUGACCUCAACUUCAACACAAGACCCAGUAUUAACAAAGUUCAUGUAACUGUUUGAUAAGAAAAAUUGAUGUUAUCUUAUCCAUAACUGGAACAAUGUGCUGUGAAAAGUUGAAAAUCCUGAAUGUUUUG